AUUUAUGUAUCAACAUGACCGUUACGCCUGCCUUACGACUGCGUGUGGGCGGCCACGACAAUGGGCGUGUGCAGGCACUGGCAAGAUACUAUCGCCGCCGCGCCCUACCUCUGGAGCUCGUUGUCACUCUCACAUCGGAACACCCAGUUCGUGGAGUUGUGCAUCGUGCGCUCGCAGGACGCGCCCCUCUCUAUCUCCCUCCGGGUAGAUGAUGCCUUCGUCGGAAGAGGAGAAGGGAAUGAACUGAGUUGGGUCCUAGACCUGAUCACUCUGCAUCGCUCGCGACUCGCAGAUGUGAACAUCCACCUUGAUUCUCGCCGCACGCCGGAGAUUCGGCCGGCUCUCGACCGUCUCGCGCACCUGCUGCAAUCGUCUCUACCUCGACUCACUGCCAUCAGCCUGGCGAGAACAACCGACGGUAUUGUACCCGAUGGAUUAUUGAAGUUGGACCCACUAUGCCAUCCGGCGAUGCGCAGGGUCGAGCUUGCUGGUAUCGAAUUUGGCAGGCAUGGUCUGCAAAUCUCUCAAUUGACGACGCUGGUUCUUCGCAACAUUGACAAGGGGUACUUGGUCCUGGGCGUCGUCACGAGUGUAGCAUCGUUGCUAGACAUCCUCGAGGCAUGCGUGCAACUGCGUUACUUCACAUACGAGAAAUGGCAAAACAUCCAGAGGAAACCGGUUGACCCAAGCCGCAUUGUGUCGCUACCGGAAAUGCGGCGUUUCCAUGUGCUGGGCUACCUGGCAGACAUUGGCCGGAUCAUGCCACACAUUUCGCUGCCCCGUCAAGCCGCACUGCUGUUAGACGUUAGUCGCUACAACUUGGCGAAUCCAUCACCCCUCGGCGCCAUACUACCACGUCGUUCUACGCACUCAGCGGCCCUUGACGAAGUGGACGUCGUGAAGGUUCAUCACCAUAAUCAUGAGCUUCACGUCGUCGCAUUCUCAAGAUGCACAUACGAUGGGGAGGUAGCUCUCCGUUUGGCAUACCCGUACACUACAAGCUACGGGGAUGAUAUCAUCCUCCUGUAUAACAUUCUGCGUGGUUUCGGACACCUAUUCCCGUCUUCCUUGCAGGUCCUAAUCUUCGACACCGACGUAGAGCGCAUCACCCUGGAGGAUUGGUCAUUGGUACUGCGAACCUUCCCGGGACUUACAGGGUUGAACGUCCAUGAUAUAUCACGGACGCCCAAACAGUUCCUCUUUGCAAUCGCUUCUGCCUUGGAGCCCACACCCACUGGUGUCCCCUGCUGCCACCUACAGAAGUUGCGCCUGACAUAUGCGCCGCAGAAGGUGAAGAGGAGCCUGAAGAUGCUGAGGGCUCUUCAAAUCGCCCUGCAAAAGCGUGCUGAAGCUGGGUACCGUUUGCCGAACCUCCGCCUCGAGUUCAAGCAGCAAGCCGACGACGGUCAUACUGUGAACGACGCCCUACAGUCGUCAGCGAAGUUUCUAAGGCUGCAGCGGGGCUUCGAGACGUCCACAGGCUCAGUGACUAUCAUCUGGGGAGACUGAGACGGACGCGACGGAUGAUCGAUGAUAGCCUGAGUGAUGC